AUGCCCGUAAACGUCCGUUUCGUUUCGUACAUUCUUUUGGCAGCCAUAGCCCUCACCACCAUUGCCAAACUCGCUCAUUUUCAUGCCACCAAGUCAUAUCAACCAUCCGAUUUGCUGUCCGACUCUCGGCAAACAGCACCACUUGCAAACGCUACUAAAGUGAAUCCGCCGGCCAAACAAGAAGAUGAAGCCGCUCAGUCUCCCUUUGCAUUCGUGGCUUUUCUGGCAGACAACUGGCAGCACAAGGAGUUCGACGAUGAUAACGAGGACAUCUAUUUCUACUCCACGCGCGUCAUGGGCUACCAGCUGAUGCACAACCUGGAAACUCGCUCCAACACCUCGAUUCCCUUCGUCGUCCUGACCACGAAAGGCGUCUCGGAGCGGAAACGUGCCCGACUUCGAAAAGACGGCGCCGUGGUGAUCGUCGUUGAGGAUGUCCCGUUGCCGGAUUGGUUCUCGAUCGGCAACCCCUUCUGGGUCGACGUCAUGACGAAACUGCGCGUGUUCCAGCAGACGCAGUACGAGAAGAUCCUCCUCCUCGACGCGGACGUCUUGCCCGUGCGCCGACUCGAUGGCGUGUUCCAGGAUCCGGCCACGGAAGUGGUCGCGCCGCUGCAGGAUAAGAAGAGAGAGGGCGACAAGAUACCGCUUCCACCUACCUACAUGUUUGCAGGCAUGACGAACGGCGGUGGUCGGGAACACGACUCCGAAACGGAGGAAAAGUACUAUGGGUCCAUGGCGAAAUACGGCGAGCUCGAGCAGGUGAAUGCCGGCUUUCUCCUCGCGGCCCCUUCGCAGGAGAUGUACGAUUACUACACGUCGGUGCUGCACGAGGAAGGUCGCUUCGACCCUGCGCAGCCGGAGCAGAAUCUGCUGAUCGAGGCGCACCGGCUCGACGGGCCCCUGCCGUGGAAGAGCAUCCGGUACGAUUGGGUCAUCAACAGCCCCAAUUUCCAAGACUACGAGCACGGCGUGCACGCGGUGCAUGAGAAGCUGUGGAAGGGCGAACACAGGAUCGAGGAGUUUGGCCUGAAAGAUCUGGCGGCGCUCUGGGAUAAGGCCAGGGGGGAGAUGGAAGGGUAUUAUCGCGCGCUGGACGAUCCCUCGCCGACUACACGGCGCGUUAAGGCGGAGGAUGGAUGA